UUUUUUUUUUACUUCUUCAUUCAGUUUUUUGAUGAUUUGAUCGCCAUUCUUUUAUUCUGGCUCUCCUAUUACUCAUACACUAUAUUUUCUUUCUUCUUUUCCUCACUUCCCUUCUUCGUUCCCUAAUUAUAUCAGAAUGUUUGGUUGCAUUGUUGCUGGUCGACUAGUGCAAACCAAUCUACAGCAAGUUGACGUGAACAAGUUUACGUUUCAGCUUGAUGAUGCUGAGAACAUCAAUCAUAUUGUAGUCUUUCUGCUCGGAACCAUUCCAUUCCAACCAGGCUAUGCUGCUACAGUGCAUUUAUUGUGGCCUAAUAAGACAUGGCAAUUACUUGGCAUGUUAUCGAAUGAGAAGGCUAGCGCUAUAUUCCGUCUCAAAGGCGUAAAUAAAUCUGGUACUUCUGCUACUGGGAACGACAUGUCCAUGGAUACACCUAUUGGAACAACUACAGAAACCUCAGCGUCACAGAUUACAGCAACUCUAGGCAUUUCUAUUGAACCCAUUGAAGCGGUACUUGCACAGAUUGCCAAUCUUUCAUCUUCCAGCACCCUGGGCGGCUCUACUUCAUCAUCAGCGGUAGCAUCAGAGUCUUCAAACAUCAAUAGCAGUGCAGUUGUACCGCUAUCGACUGCUAAAAGUGCAUCUCCAGAUUCUGUUGCAGCUGUAGCACAAAAAGUUAUGACACAUCUUUACAACCAUGUCACUUCUUUUGCAACAGCUGUGCUACCUGUAGGAUCAACUGUUUUAGUACCAGCGGGAGGACCAGGAACAGCGGCUAAUGUUCUUUCGAGCGUUGCUGCAGGAGCAGGGCCAGACACAAGCUAUUUACCUGUCAAGGCCUUUAAUGACUGGUUCCAGAACGUAAUCAGGAAAGCGAAGACUGACCCUACAUUUCUGACGCGGAACUGAAAAAAAAAAAAGACAGAAGGAGAAUUAUCUCAAGCAUAUCCUCUGGUUAUUUUUGCCUACCUAAUUCCAUAGAAGCAUUCAUAUUAAUAAUAAUGAAAUACAGUUCGCAAUGUGUCUUCAGGUCAGCGCAUUAAUAGUUAUAAUUAUAUUCUCAAUUAUAC